UUUGUCAAUAGGUUGUCACUUUUCUCCGAAAUAUUUGUUGGUUUUGAUUUGUGUCAAAAAUUGUUGCAAUGGCAUCAAAUGAGCAAAAAGCACAGCAGUUAAUUGCCGAAGCUGAAAAGAAAGUUUCUGCAAAAGGAUUCUUUGGAUCUCUGUUUGGAGGCAACAGCAGAAUUGAAGAUGCAGUCGAGUGCUACCAAAGAGCAGCUAAUCUCUUUAAAAUGGCCAAAAAUUGGACACAGGCUGGAAGUGCAUUUUGCGAAGCUGCAAACCUAAAUUCACGAAGUGGGGCUCGACACGAAGCUGCCACCAACUAUGUAGAUGCUGCCAAUUGUUAUAAAAAAUCAGAUAUUAAUGAGGCGGUAAACUGCCUGCUAAAAGCAAUAGAAAUUUAUACGGACAUGGGUCGUUUCACAAUGGCCGCCAAACACCACCAAAGUAUUGCUGAGAUGUACGAAUCCGACGCAGUAGAUUUAGAACGAGCCGUGCAACACUAUGAACAAGCGGCCGAUUAUUUUCGAGGUGAAGAGAGCAACGCCUCCGCUAACAAAUGUUUGUUGAAAGUGGCUCAGUACGCUGCCCAACUCGAAAAUUAUGAAAAAGCAAUACAAAUUUAUCAACAAGUAGCCUCAUCAGCUUUAGAAAGUUCGCUUUUGAAAUAUAGCGCUAAAGAAUAUCUAUUUCGUGCUGCCUUGUGUCAUCUUUGUGUUGAUGUGUUAAAUGCACAACAUGCCAUGGAGCGGUAUGUACAAAUGUAUCCCGCUUUCCAGGAUUCCAGAGAGUAUAAAUUAGUUAAAACACUGAUUGAGCAUAUUGAAGAACAAAAUAUUGAAGGAUUUACCGAUGCUGUCCAAGAAUAUGACUCCAUUUCACGUCUUGAUCAGUGGUACACCACUAUAUUGUUGCGCAUCAAGAAACAACUUAAUGAAAACCCAGAUUUGCGCUAAGUCAUUUUAUAUUUAUUUAUUGGUGAAAAAUCAUAUUUAUUUUUAUGUUUUGUUGGUUAUUCUUUAUCAGUUACUUGUAAUUAUAGUAUAUAGUAAAUAAACUUUCCUUGAAAUUACUCGUUAUAUAAUUAGGUAUAAUUUAUAUAAAUAAUGUUUUGUCUACGACAUUGUUUUGAAAUAUAUAAAUAUUUAUAUCUAUUUUAAUGUGAUCCAUGUUUUUUAGUAUAAGGUGGUAAAUUACAUUUGCUUCACUGAAUAUCACACAAUGUAAAACAUGGCACCCUGCACUCAGGGUUUUGUCGUUUUUCUUUUGUUAUAACACAUUUAAAUAACAUUCCUAUUAAAACAGUAUAUUUAGAUAACAAUUUCGAGUAAAAUGGCGCACCCUAAUAUAUAGUGUCUUAAAUUUAACAUACAGGCGUGGGAUAUACAUGUCGUUCAAAAGUGUUCAUGCUUUACUAAUUUUAUUUAAAAUUUGCUUAUCUAAGUAUACAUGUGAUACGAAAGUAAUAAUGCGUUGUUCCAUAUGAAAUGAUAUUGUUGGAAUUUAUUGCCGGUUAAUAGCACUUUGACAAAUUAAAACAUAAAUGAGGUCAAACCCUGACACAUCAUGUAUAUAGGAUUCCAAAAGUAAAAUUACUUUAAACACUGCUGUUUAGCUGAGUUAUUGCAACGAUGGGUAACAUAGAAUUCUUGUAUCAAUUUAUUUGGAGUACUAAUUAUAUUUUAUUAAUUCGUAGUGAUGAGAGUUUAUACAGUUUAUUUUAUAUAUAUGACAUUGAUAUUUCAAUGUUGUUACGUGAAUACUUUGUGUAUACUUUUUAAUACUUACGCCAUUUUUAUAUAGUUAGUGUUGUAUGAUUAAACGACGUAGGUACUAUUAUGAAAUAUGUGUGGUCUUUGUAGCACUUUCAUAGCAAACUGUAAAAUCCCAUUUAUUCGCUAAAUAGUAAUAUAAUUUAACCAUACAUAGCGCUCAUCCGUUUCUGUAUACAUUAUAUGUGACAUAAUAAAUAGAUUUCACAAGUAAAUUAUGGGUCAAUAUAAUAAAUAACUACAAGAAUACAUAUUUAUUGAUACAUUUAACAGCCAGAAAUUAGUAAGAAUCUUAUAAAUAAAUACGCAAAGUUUUCAA